UGGUGGGCAGAGCUGCCGGAAAGAAACAGGGCUUUCUCUUGUCCCUGAAGGUCAGGACCUUCUGUUCAAAAGGAAGCCGGGCUUUCCACUGUUGCAGGCCAUUCCCACAGCCACUCAGAUGGUGGGUCAGGAGGCCACCGCCUUCUCCCCAGGAACUCGUUCAAGUGGGUGGCCCGAAGAUGGCUAAUUACACAUCAGCACCAGACGGUGAUUAUUAUGACGUCCUCAUAGAAGACGAGCUCAAUAACAAUGAAAUAGAGCGAUGCCCCCAGUAUGACGCCAAGACCCUGUCCGCCCAGCUGGUGCCUCAGCUCUACACCACGGUCUUCCUGGUUGGUCUCCUGGACAACUUCUUGGUUGUGUUUAUCCUGGUGAAAUAUAAAAGGCUCAGACACGUGGAAAAUAUCUAUUUCCUCAACUUGGCCGUUUCUAAUUUGUGUUUCCUGCUAACCCUGCCAUUCUGGGCUCACAGUGCCUCCCAUGGGGGGCUUGUGGGCAUUUCCAUGUGUAAGAUGCUUGCUGCUCUCUCCUCCAUGGGGCUGCACAGUGAGGCAUUUUUCAAUGUCCUUCUGACUGGGAAGAACUACCUGGUGUUUUUCCACGUGAGAAACUUCUCAGCCGCCAGGAAGGUGCCCUGUGGCAUCAUCACGAGUGUCCUGGCAUGGGUAAUGACCAUCCUGGUCACUUUGCCUGAAUUCCUCUCUUACAAAUCUCAGAUGGGAUUACAAAGCCAGGAACACAAGUGCUUCUUUAGCAGACCACAUUUUCUUCCAGGUGACGAGACGUUCUGGAAGCAUUUUCUCACCUUAAAGAUGAACAUUGUGGGACUUCUCGUUCCAUUGCUGCUUUUCAUAUUUUGCUACGUGCGAAUGCGAGAAACACUGAGGUCCAGGGAGAGCAAGUAUGACCUUUUCAAGCUUGUUUUCGCCAUCAUGGUUGUUUUCCUGCUGAUGUGGGGACCCUAUGGUAUGGCACUUUUCCUGUCUACUUUCAAGAAAUGCUUCUCCCUGAAGGACUGCAAGAGCAGCUACAACCUGGACAAAAGUGUUCAGAUAACGAGAAUCAUCGCCAGCACCCACUGCUGCGUCAAUCCGCUCCUCUACGGGCUUCUCGACAAGGAAUUUAGGAAACACCUCUGCCACCUUUUCCAUCUGUGUGAUAACACUCCCCUGCGACCCACUGAGGACUCUGCACAAGUCACAUCAUGGGGAGAACAUGACCACUCCACUACGGAGGUGUAAACUAGCUUGAAUCAAAAUCCAGAUAAAUAAACAUUGGCUUUUGUCUCA